UCUUCUUAGUUUAAAACAAGUUUUAACCUGCUUCUGGUAAGAAUUCGUUGAUUUGUCACGUUGGUUUGUUUAUCCAUUUACAACCUGAAAGUCAUGUCGAAACGCAGAAGUUUCGACCGUGAUUCUGCUGAAGCUUCAUCAUCAAAACGUUACAGAAGAGACGAUGAAGAGCCACCGAAAAUAAAUACAAUAUUCCGCGGAGAAGUUGCCAGUGUUACAAAUUAUGGAGUAUUCAUCCAGUUACCUGGAUACAGAAAGCAAGGUUUGGUCCAUAAAUCCCAAAUGUCCAACUCUCAUGUGGAUGAUCCUUCUGAAGUGCUUAGUGUUCGAGAGAGAGUAUACUGUAAAGUCAUUGCAAUCACAGAUGAAGGUAAAAUUAGUCUUUCAAUGAAAUGUGUGGAUCAAACCAGUGGAAAAGAUAUGGAUCCAAACAAUAUACAAGUGAGUAUCGAUCAGCGGAAACAAAAGAAGGGUUUCAAGCGAGAGAUUCAGAAAAUCGAACUUGGUGCAGUCUAUGAUACAACAUGUAAAAAAUGUGGUGCAUAUGGUCAUUUUUCCAAAGACUGUUUCAGUGUGAAUGGCAAAUCUUACAGUCUUGUUCCAGAGACAGAUGAAGGCAAACAUGUUUCAGAAAAAUCUCACCUAUCACAUGAAGAAAAGAAACUUAGAAAGAAGGAGAAAAAAGCCAAAAAGGCACACAAAAAGAAGAAAAAGAAACACAAGAAAGAAUCCAAGAGUUCUUCAGAUAAACACAAGAAAUCCAAGCACAAGAAAAAGAAGAAGCAUCACCACCAUAAAUCCAGCAGUGGCAGCAGCAAUGAUUCCUCAUCUUCCUCUUCAUAUUCUCCAUAAAUUUUGUGGGGUGAAAUGUCACAGAAGAAUCCUCUAACAAAAGAAUUAACCCCAAAUUUUAUCUCUCCCUAUUUGUGUGGUGUGUGUAUAAAUAUUUAUAUCUAUAUCUGCAUAUAUAUAU